ACCCAUUUGCUUUGUCUCCGUCACUUAUUCCAUCAUUCCCUCAUUGGCGCUCUCUAAGCAAUGUAUGUCCUUGUUUCCGGGGUAGUUAAGCUGGGUGAUCAUUCCCUUCAUAUGAAGCUCUCUAGGAGAACUGAGUGAAGAAGCAUUGAACUGUAACAGAAGAGAGGAUGUUCAGAUUGCACAGGAACAGACCUGCCAAAUCAGGGGAGAGACUUGACUUCAAGCUCUCUCAGUUCAAAGCUCUCCAGGUACCAAAAGGAUGGGACAAGCUCUUUGUUUCCAUAAUCUCUGUAGAAACGGGGAAAACAAUUGCUAAGUCGAGCAAAGCAUUAGUGCGAAAUGGAACUUGUCAAUGGGCCGAGACUCUCGCGGAAUCUGUGUUGGUUUCACGUGAUGAUUCUUCCAAAGAGUUGGAAGACUGCCUUAUCAAGCUUGUCAUUUCCAUGGGAUCGGCGAGAUCUGGCAUCCUUGGAGAGGCAACAAUCAAUGCGACAAACUACAUCAGUUCCAGCAAUUCAGUCCCCAUUUCAAUCCCUCUGAAAAAGUGCAACCACGGAACAGUGUUACAAGUAAGUCAUAAUAAAAUGCACAUAUCUGUUCUUGUUCUUCUCAGAUUUGACAAUUCAGUGAGGAAAAAAAUAUCAGGCAAUUGCCCGUAACUCUGUUAGAUAAGCUAGAGGUACCCUGCAGCAUUGAAAGACAAUAGAGUACUACACUAGUUUUCCCUUUUAUGUCAGGAGCAUGUGAAAGUACAACAUGUAUGUAAUGAACGAAGUGCAAUGAAAUCUAAAUGAGCAAGUAAAGGAAAUAAAGAGAAAGAAGGAAAUGCAGCAAGUUUCUUCACAGGAAAAAUAGUAGUUUGGAGAGAAGAAAAUGUUGUUGCCUUUUUCUUUUUCUUUUGGCUAGGAGUCUUCGCUGUUGACAUAUAGUUGAGUAAAUAUCCUACCAAUUCUUGUGUCUUUGUGGUUGUAAAAUGAACUGAACAUUGGUGACAGAUGAUUUGCAUGAAUUCCUAAUAGGAGGAUCAUUCAAAGAAAUUCUUUGUAAACCGCAAUAGAAGUUCCUACUCCUUCUGAUUGAAGUAGCUUUGACUUGAGUGUACAAUGUUUGGUAU